AUGAAACCAUUUUCAAAGACUGCCUUGCCUCUUUUACUCAUCAUGGUCGUUUUGACGAACGCUCUUUUGGCUUUCUCAAAGAGCCCAAAUUUGAAUAGAAAUAAACAUGCAACGGAAAAUACAAUUCGACGCAAACGUGAUUCUCCGGCCAAAGUACCAAUCGUAUGGAAACGCGAAGCAAAUCCAGAAACGAAUGUCAAACUUGAUCCAAGAAGCCCAGAGAAGGUCAAAAUUCCAAAUCCGAUCAGCAAUGGUAGAUCAAAAGCAAGCUCAAGCCAACAAAAACGCAAUUCUCCGGCCAAAGUACCAGUUCAAUGGAAACGUGGAACUUCCAAGCUUCCGGAAAGGAAUGUCAAGCUUGAUCCAAGUGAUGAAGAUGACCUGCCCUCAAACCCGAAUAAUAAAAGAGACAAUCAAAGAAACAGAGAAUGA